ACAAAAUGGCCAACGAUAUCGGCGUCGUCGACUACAAUGACAGCAAUCGCGCAUUCCUCCAAGCCUUCAUGGCCCAUUCAUCCAUGACAUUCGAAGAAGCGAAACCGAUUCUAGCAGCCAUUUUCUCAGCGCAUGAAACCGAACACGUCUCCCCCAUCGACAUCACCGAAGAAGACUUCUCCUCGUACAUCGCAGCCGCCAACACCGCCGUCUCCCCCUUCGACCUCGAAAUCAGAAGCACCCUGCGCCAGAUCCAAACAGACGGCGAUGACACAAUCGUACGCCCGGAACGGGUUUAUGCCCUCGUGAACACUACCAGCGAUCCGCUUACCCAACUCGCGACUACAUAUACUGCCGAUGAAAUCGCCUUCGUCAAACGGUUGCUAGACGCCAUGUUCGAGACGCAUAAUACAAUGAUUUCAGAGGCGAUGGUUGUCUCGGGGAUGCAGGCGAUGCAGCUCGCACGGGUGUCUUCUGCGGAUGCUGGUGCCGGUGGUAGCCGGAGAGAAUCUAUGGGGACUCAAGGCGGGGCGGUGCAGUCGUUAACCAUGUCGCAGGCGGAGACGGUCAUGCAGCAAUUGGUUGAUGAGGGGUGGAUGGAGAAGAGUCGGAAGGGGUUUUAUGGACUCAGUCCGAGGGGGUUGAUGGAGUUGAGGGGGUGGUUGGUUGCUACGUAUAAUGAUGAGAUGGAUGAUGGGCGAAGGGCGGAUAAGGUUAAGUUUUGUGCUGCUUGUCGGGAUAUUAUUACUGUGGGCCAACGUUGCGCCAACCGCGACUGCGCCGGUCGACUGCACGAUAUCUGUAUCCGGAAUUUCUUUCGCAUGCAGCAGGCGGAGAAAUGUCCCGUUUGCAAGGCUGCUUGGCCUGGGGAUAAGUUUGUUGGGGAGAGGGCGGUUACUUCGACAGAUCGGUAUUUACAGGGGAAGAGACGGAGUACGAAUACGCAGCGGCAGAGCGGUGUUGGGGCUUCUCAGGUUACUGCUGGGGGUGGUGAUGAGGAGAGCAGUGAGGAGGAUGUUGGGUGAACUAGGUCAUCUUAUGAUUGAGACUGAUUGAGUUCAUGAGCACACUCCUUGCACAGAUCCCGUUCCUCUGCGAUGCUAUAGGCCACAGGCGUGUCCAGCAUUUGCGCACUGCAUAAUAUCUGCCUAGGCGCUACAGAAAGCGACAAUGGGUGGUCGCUUCGAGACUGGGGAAGUUGUGCAUACCAGGCACUGUACUCUGCAUGCAGCUUGCCUACAAUGGCCAAGCUAUACGAUGUCAUAGCUAGAGGACUAUGCAAGCCAAGAGUACAGAAAGUAGUAGUAGUAGUAGUAGUAGUAGUUGCUAUUUUACGUCGGAAAAGUGGCACGUGCGCUGGUCACGUGCCCACAGAGAUCCCGGAGCG